AUGCCAGGACAACUGAAAUCCCUCCUUGGGAGUAUCAGGCGUAAGCCAUCGACAGCUCCUGACCAGAAAACGGAUCGGGAAGCAAACGGUACGGCGGAGCGAAAGACCUCGAUCCUACACGAUGUUCUUCACAAUGGCAAGGAUGCCAGAAUGCUGGCAGAAGCGCUGCCGACUUUGGCAUCCGGUGAGCCAUUGAACGACAAGGAACUGCUGCUGGAGCAUGGAGUGGACAUGCUGCAAAGACUGCCGCUGAACAGUGGCUUGUCUUCGUUCGUGUCCGACAAGUUUAUUGGCAUGUUGUACCAGGAUCUUCCACACCCCAGCACUACGAUAGCUGGUCCUACAGCGCGAUAUCGACGGCAUGACGGCGGUAACAACAAUAUCUGGAAUCCGGAAAUGGGUAAAGCAGGCACACCAUAUGCGCGAAAUGUGCCUCCGAUGAAAGCUAAAGGACCCAAUCUGCCAGAUCCCGAGCUCGUGUGGGAGCACUUGCUAAAACGACCAGAAGGAACAUUCAAAGAACAUCCAUCCGGACUGAAUCGCCUCUUCUUCUCCUUUGCAACCAUUGUUAUUCACGAGUGUUUUCAAACAAAUCGUCCCAAUCAGUGGAUCAACGACACUUCCAGCUAUGUCGACCUCAGCACUCUCUACGGGAACACCGAGAAGGAUCAUCCAAAAGUCAGGACUUAUACUAAUGGACUUCUGUUUCCCGACUCGAUCGCUUCUGAGCGGAUCAUGCUGAUGCCCCCCGGAGUUGUUGCAUUGCUCAUCUUGUUCUCGAGAAACCACAAUACCAUCGCAAAGAAUCUGCUGUCCAUAAAUGAAGAGGGCAAAUACAAGGAAUGGAGCAGCAUGAGCGAGAAGGAUCAGACGUGGCAAGAUGAAGACAUCUUUCAGCUAUCGCGGAACAUCAAUGUUGGCUUCUUCGCGACCGUGGUCCUGAAGGACUACGUAUCAGCGAUCUUAAAUACUCCCAGAAACAACUCUACCUGGUCACUAGAUCUCGGCAAAGAGAUCAAGAGCGUGGGAAAUCGCCUAGAGCGUGGCACUGGAAACGUUGUCUCGGUCGAGUUCGCUGUGCUGUAUCAUUGGCACGCCGCACUCAGCGCAGCUGACGCCGACUGGAUGGAAAGGCUUGUUAGAGCUAGCAACCCUGAACUCAAGUCAUUGGAUGAUAUGACCGCGGAAAUGUUCUACAAGAUGGUCAUGAAAGCUGGACAUGAGCUUGCCGCGAUCCCUGCGAAAGACUGGGUCUUCAACAAUCUGAAGCGCGGCGAGAAUGGUCAUUUCGAGGACGCGGAUCUGGCAGAGCUCAUCAAAGAUUGUAUUGAGGAGCCUGCACAUGCAUUCGGGGCUCAUGGUACUCCGGCAAGCUUGAAGGUUGUGGAUCUGAUGGGUCAGCUGCAAGCACGAGAAGUCUUCAAUGUGUGCACGCUGAAUGAAUUCCGAGCAUAUCUCAACCUGAAACCAUAUGCCAAUUUCGAAGACUGGUGCGAAGAUAAAGACACAGCUCGCGCCGCCGAACUACUCUACAGCCACGUCGAUAACUUGGAGCUGUACCCAGGUCUGAUGGCCGAGUGCACCAAGCCUGCAAUGCCGGGUAGUGGUGUUUGCCCAGGUCAUACGACAGGUCGUGGUAUUCUCGACGAUGCCGUGGCUCUGGUGCGCGGCGACCGCUUUCUGAGCUACGACUUCAACAGCAGCACACUUACAAACUGGGGCAUGUCGAAGGUUCAGCAGAUCCCAGAGGGUGCAUACGGCGGCAUGCUACCAAAGCUCAUGUUCAAUGCUAUGCCGACCUCCUUUACUGGCACUUCCAGCUAUGCGCUGCUACCAUUCUACACCCCGAAAGCCGCGCAAGGCAUACUGAAAGGCAACAAAGUGAUUGAACAUUAUGACGUGCGUCGUCCUGGCAAAGACGUCACUCUGCCCACUUUGCGCAGUGUCGCCGGCUGUCAAAUUGUUCUCGCAGACGGUGGCAACUUCCGUGCUACAUUGACGGAGCACAAGACUCUGCAGUCUAUCUUUUUCGAGGAGAACUUCUCAAGCCACGUCGCAGGCUUCUUCAGUAUCAGCGCUGCGAAGCAGAUCAAGCAGAGCUCGCUGCGCUACGCCGGCACUAAGCGUGCCAUCAAUAUCGUCCGCGAUGUGACCAACAUCACUCCCGUCCUCUGGCUCGCGGAGAGGUUCGCCAUACCACUGAAGACAGCCACGACACCUCGAGGCAUCUUGACAGUACCGGAGCUCUUCGAGAUCUACCACGACAUCGCCAUGUACCAAACCUUCAACGUGGUCCCUGAAGACGAGUGGAAGCUACGGGCUGCGGCUCAGACAGGCAGUGCAAAGCUGAAGCAGAUCCUGGAGCUUCACGCCAAGACUCAAGGAGGUGGCAUCAAGGAGAUGUUGGCCGAUCGAUAUGAGAAAGGUUCUGCUUAUGAGGUGAAGCCUGAUGCUGAUAGACUCUAUCAUGCUCUCAACAAAGCAAAGGUGCCGAUCAGCGAUCUGGUGGACGAAUGCAUCAGCUUCUCUGCGUCUAUCGCACACACAAUCACGCAGCAGUCUGCGCUACUUAUCGAUUUAUUCAUGGAGCCCAAGCAUGCUGAGCAUAAAGCUCGUCUUGUCCAGCUGGCACAGCGCCAUGAUGAGGCUGCCACGACGGAGUUACAAGCCUAUGUUCUCGAAGGCAUGAGGCAUACCGGCUUCGGUAUGGGAGUCACUCGCCUUGCGACUCGAGACAGCACGAUCCAGGAUGGCUCUUAUGGAGCUGUUUCCGUGCGGGCUGGGCAGAAGGUCCUUGCCGCCGUCUCUACCGCAGUCAUGGACUCCACAUCCUUCGCUUCCCCAGACAGCUUCAACCCAGACAGAUCACCGGAGCUGUACACCACUCUACUAGGACCAACACUAUCCAAAGUAGCAGCUCCAGCCAUAGCAGGUAUUUUGAAAGAAGUUUUCAGGCUCGAAGGCAUACGACGAUCACCUUCUUUGCCUGGCAGCAAUCCAGGUCACCUCACUGUAGUCGAGAAGGAAUUUGCUGGCAUUAAGAUGAGGCAUUACUUGGACUCGAGCGCACGGGAGUCGCAGUAUCCGACGAGUAUGAUGCUGCAGUAUGAGGAGCCUACACCGUACACAAACGGACAUGGCAACGGGCAUGCUAAUGGAGUGGUGACGAACGGUAACGGCAAGGUUGCGAAUGGCGUGAACAGCAUGUAUUGA